AUGCAAGUUCUCUGGCUGUUCGCCCUUUCUGCAGCAACGAGGGCAUAUGCAGCCUCUCUAACCCUCCAAACUCCCCGCGUUACUAUCACUGGGCCCGAUGCAGCAGAGCUGCUUUCCGAGUCACUGUCUCUGAAUGCAAAGGCCACGCCGUCGCUGGCACUCGGGCCCUCAGAUGUCCUAAAGCUCACGUUCCAGAUAGUGGAGAGCGAAGAGGGCAAGGGCGUGCAGCCGCACCAAACAUUCCUCCGCUUCUACGACGAGGUUUCGGGCGAGGAGGGCGUGCAGCCCGUCAAGGUGACGGCGGGGGGCAAAGCCAAAUUUGAGCUCAACAUGGCGCGCCCGCCGGCGUCGCUCCCCCCAACGACGACCAACCCGCUCAAAGUGACGCUCCUCCUCGGCUCCUUCGUGCACUCGCCCGCGAAGUAUGAGCUCUUCGAUCUCACUGUGCCCGCCUCCCAGCCGCUCUCACAACACCCGAGCGAGGCCGCCUUCCAUCCCCUCCCCGAGAUCACACACACGUUCCGCCCGGACCAGAAGAUCCCCGCCAAAGCCGUCUCCGCGUUCUUUGCUGGAUUCCUGCUAUGGCCCUGGUUUGUCUUACUGGCCUUGUGGUCUCAAGUCGGUCUGCGCGUCCCGCACCUACUCUCCCCGCACAUCCUCCCCUUUGUCGCAGGCAUUGGGGCGUUUGAGGUGCUUCUCUUUUGGUACUGGGUCGACCUCAAGCUCGGUCAGGUGCUCCUGUAUGGUGGCAUCCUUAGCGUGUUCACCGCGCUCUCUGGCAAGCAGGCACUCGCGAAAACGGCCCAGUGGCGGCUGGGCAGAAAAUGAGUGGAAGCGGAUGCAUAUUCGUCGUUUUGUUGUUUACUGCAUUGCUAUCUAUUAUCACCUGAUUGUUGCCAC